AUGGGCACACGCCAAGGAUUUACUGGUGCUUCAGAGCUUCACUCUGAGUGUGUAGCGAGUUCAGGUGCUAUUAGAGAGAUUAAAGAGUAUUUAGAGACGGCUGAUGAGGUACCAUUUGGUCAACCAGUGCCACAUUUUCCUGUGAUCAGUGAACGGAGAAUGAUACCUAGUUUCUUGCAAAUGGGGGAGACUCCAGCUUUUAAGUGUGUGCCACCAUGGUUGCCAGCAUUUCCUGAUCCCCACACGUAUGUACAGACACCUGUGUGGAAUGAGAGGCAAUCUGACGCCCGUACUGAUAAGAUUGAGCUAGCUAGGCAGCAUAGGAAGGCAGAAAGGUCUUUGUUAAGCCUACAGCAGCAGCUUAUAUGUAAUGGAUCAUCAGUGGCUACAACAUCUGAUGAACCAUAUAAUGAAGAAAAUAGGUCAGAAGUUAAUAACAAUGGGAACCCGAUUUCUGAGAAUCCUUUGGAUGCUGGGGAAAUAGUCAUGUCAGAGAUUAGCAUUCCCCCAAAACUUUCUAGUCAAGCUCACACAGAAAAAAAAGUUUCUUUGUUGGAGACAUUUGCUCCGGCCAUUGAGGCAAUGAAGGAUGGGCUUGAUUCUGGAAGUGAUGGUGAGAAUACAAUUCAAGAAAAGAUGGCUCCUGUAUUUUUAGAGCUCAAGGGGGAAAAGAAAUUAUUCGGUGAGCCAUUGGAUUUGAGGAUUCGGAACAAGGCUGUGGGAAGAGCAGCUUUGUGGUUUGGUCAUAAUGGCGAAAAGGGUGACAAAAAGAGGAGGGUUGAGUUUUGA